ACAGGAAGCCAUUGGGUAACGUGUUCUGUGGCUGCAGGCACCAUGUGCAGAGGAGUUUUAAAAGCACCAAAUUGCAGAGGGUAAAACACUGCUGCAAACAAAGCUCCUCCAAUGUUUCUCACACUGAUAAUGCAGAGACCUGGAGCUUUGUGUUUUACUUCAUGGAUCACAGCAGGAGCUGGAGUUCUGUGUUUAACCUUCUUCCAGUCAGCAGACUCGGGGUCGGACUGUGAGCUUGGCGAGAGGUGCGUUGGACAGAGCGAUGAAAACUUGAGCAGCUGGUAUGUGUGGUUCCUGGUGCUGUGCUCCCUGGCCGUGCUGCUGUCCUGCGGGAUGUGCUGCUGCCUGCAGUGCUGGCUGAAGCGGCGGAGCUGCCUGCCCCGGAGCACCGUGGCUGUCUUUGCCCUCAGCAGCUCGGAUGCCUUUGGAGCUACUGAAGCACCUCCGUGCCCAUUCUCUGGAUCCCUGAGCCCCUGCAGGACUGCAGAGAUUUCCUCUUCUCCUGCCCCCUGCUUCAGCCUCGGGGGAACUGAGCUGCCCCCGUCUUAUGAGGAUGUCAUGAAGGAAAACAAGCUCUAGACACCACGCUGGCCUUCAGUGAUCCCACCUGGUUCAUCAGAGAUCUUCAUUAUGCUAAAGGAGUGUGAGCCCAAAUCAGCCCUUUCCACAGGUUGGCCCAGAGACUGAAAAGCAGCACAUAUUUCACUGAACCUGAAAGAUGAGACUAAAUGCAACAGAAUAAAUGCCAAAAAUAUGUGUUGAAUCUGUCACAGGAGUUCAGCUUGACAUUUUGAUAUCUCUGGAUUUCAAGAAGCUCUUUCAAAGGCCUGUCUGUAUUUGGGGUUUCUGGCUCAGCCUCUAGAUUUAUCUCUCUAAGGCUGCUUGAGCUGGUGCAACCCCAUGUAUUUUAGAACCAAAUGUUGAUAAAUGACUUGAUAGUUACUUCUCAAGCUUGGGCUGCCUCCUUGACUCGGCACUGUGCCAAGGAACACCCUCUGGCAAAGUCAUGUUGUUCUAAUACAUUGCAAUGCAAUCACUCUGUGAUGAAGGAUCGUUUGCCAUAUUUAAAAUAUUUAGCACAACAUAUCAGAUUUGUCUAGUGCAAAAGGCAGCAAAUUUAUGGCCAGGGAAGAGAAAACAGAAGACAGGGAUCAUGGAGGAGUAGCAGUGGCAGGAGCUGGUUACAGAGCAUUAAAAAAAGUGAGUUUGCUCAUUUGAGCUGUUCUUAAUUUCAUGGUGACUGUCCUCAGCUACUUUUGCCCUAGCAUUGCAGACCAGAAGGCUUUGAAUGGCCCAGGACCCACAUGGAGGUUCCCCACAGACAUGAAUUAGGGGCUUAGGUACUUAGUACUUAGCUACAGAAAUCUAUUAGGACAAAGAAUGCCAUUUUCUUUGAGGUGAUCACUGCAGACAGGAUGGAAAAAUACUUUAAGUCAUCCAGAUUCCCCUUUGUUUGUCGUGGGCAGGUCACUGAAGGCUGCAUUCAGCCUGCCUGACCUCUGUGCCUCUGCUCCCUCAGUGGCAAGGGCUGGGGUGCAGUCAGACCUGUCCUGCUGCAGAAGGCAAUGCCACCCCUGUCCCGUGCUCUGAGCUCCCAUGGAACCAUGAGCCCAGUUUGGGCUCCACCUGGGAUUAGAAUCCCAAAAGAUGAAUGAAGCCCACAGCCUGCCUCUUGGGGCACCUCCCCACCUGUAGAGUGAGGCUAGCACCAGUUCCCAUGCUCAGGAAGGAAACUGGGAAGAUAAAUGCACUGAAGGUUAUCAUACCCUCAUAAUUACUCUAUGUAAGUACAUUUUCUAGAUAAAGAAUUGCAACAUGUUUUGAGAAAAAAUUAUUUGCCAGCACCACUGCAAAUUACCUCCUAAAAUCUUAUUUUAGAAGCAGCUUUAAUGUUUGACUCUUGUGUGAAAGGAAAUAAAUGUUACUUGUAGCCAAGUGAAUGUUUGUGCCAGCAGGCUAAAAUAUUACUGGGUUUAUUAAUAAAGAAAAUCAGCAAGUACAGACUUAGCCAGGGGAGAAAUCAAGCAACUUCUAAGUGUCCUUUUGCUGGCCGAACUUGGUAAGAAUUGCAGGUAAUCCACACCUCUCAGGAUCAGAUCUUUCAUGUACAUAACUUUUUCCACCACUCAACCCCUCCAAUUUAUGCCCUGAAGCAUGAGAUUUGAUUAUGUUUGUCACUGCAGCUUGCAUAGCCUGUUAGUGGGCAUUAAAUCAGCUGUCACUUGAU